AUGAAGAAUGUAACCAACACAGAGGCACCCUGCAAGGAAAGGGGCGUGGGAGAUACAGACAAGCCGUGCCCGGGGCAGCAGAGGGACGCGGCAAAAAGGCAGCGGUGGGCCCGGGCGCUGUCCGUGGUGCUGAUCAGUCGCCGCUCCCUCGCUCGCCAGCUCGUCGGCAGGUUUCCCAGGUUCCCCUUCCAGCUCCGCGAGUUGGGCUGCCCGCUAGGGUCCUCCGGCCCGGCUUCCCGACCUCUCCGGGUUCCCGGGGUUCCCCCGCCCCUGCCCCGCCCACGGACCCUCCCCGCCAGCCCCAGGUCCCACCCUUCCCCCCUUAUCUUUCCCGCCCCCCCGCCCCCCUCCAGCUCGUUCGCCAGUUUCGGUCACGUUGCUGGGUGUUUACGCCUCGAGCCCGCCCCAGACCCCCGCCGCGGCGCCCCGGAGCCCCGCAGAUCCUCGGCCCGGCCGCCCUGCAGCCUCGCGGCCGUGGAUGGCACCGCAGCCGGGGCGGGCGCUGCGGAAACCCGGGCGCAGCUAGCGCGGGGGCAGAGCGCCUCCCCCACCCGGCCCGGCCUGGACCCGGGGCCUCGCGGGCGGGCCGCUCCCGCAGGUCCCAAAGGUGGGGCCCAGGCCUGGGCUGCCAUGGAUACCGUGUCCCUGGAGCAUCAGAUCCAGAGCGUGCAAAGGCACAUCAGCUUCCUGAAAAAGGAGCAGGUGGCCCUGUUGCGAGACCUGCACCUGGAAAUCCUAAGGCUGCAGAAACGCUGCUCAGAACUGACCCAUGACCUGGAGAUGAGAGAGGCCCAAUCUCAGCAGCAAGAGGAGGCGUCCCGGGAGCUGGAGAGCAAGUGCCGCGCGCUGGAGUCGCAGCUGGCGGCUCGGGCCGCGGCCAACGCCGAGCUGCGGCGGGAGGUGGCGCAGCGCGAGGCGCUGGUGUCUGCGCUGCGCUGCAGCCUGCGCUCCGAGGAGCGCCGCUUCCUGGAGGAGCUGCGUCGCCGCAGCCACCGUGCCACCGUCCUGGGCACGGAGCUGCAGAAGCACACGGAAGCGGCCGCCUACUUGUCCUGCCAGCUGCACGCUGCGCGACAGAGACUGCAGGCCCCGCGCUCGAGCCCCGGUGCCGCCGCCGAGGCCCGGCCCCGCCGACGCGCACAGCGGGCCCGCCGCCCGCCCGAGGCCGCCGCCAAGGCCCCCAGCCGGGACUGGGCCUCCUGGGACCGCGCAGCCAGCGGCCUGGACGACGUCGACCCCAUGCCUGACCCUGCGCUCUUCCUAUACGCCCGGCGGCCCCCUCGGCCCAGUGCCCGCGGCCCGCUCCAGCCGCUGCCCCAGGAGCCCCCGGACCAGGGCGGCGCGUCGCCUGCCGUAUCCAGCCCGACCGGCGCUUCCGGGGGCCUGGAGUAGGCGCGGGGCUAAGGGGCCCCUGCGGGCGGGACCCGGGGACUGAGGCCACCCGCCCCGGCCCCCGGCCCCUCUAGCUGCCCCUGCCUUUUGUAUUUCCCAACAUUUCCGAAGCUUCGAGCUCUCCCUUCCCACGAGGCAGCUCCUCCGAGAAGGCUGAGCGGUUGCACCUUUUUUGCGAAGGACUCACAGGACUGAUCCUGACCUGGUCCCCACCUGGCCACUGGGUAGGGGGGGCCGGGAUCAAGCUCUGCCCCGGGAAAGCUGACAGUCCUUUGGGAGGGAGGAGAAAGGCUGGCCUACAGGAAGGAAUGUAGAGUCCACUUGGCACCCCUAGGCUUCCAGCUUCCCUGCCUUGCACCUCCAGUCCUGCCGAGCCUUCUUCCUCCCCGGAGAGGCCCGGCUCAGGCUGGUCCUUUACUCGGGAAAUGCUGUUCCCAGACCCACUCCCAUCGAAGUCCUUGCAGGUGAGCACGGAACACUUUAGAGGCUGCAUCCUCCCAGAAUCCCUGGUGGGGCAAGUGUGGCUUGACGGAAGUUGAACUUGUGGAGGGCAGCACUCAUUAGACCCUUAGGGUUAUGGAAUGGUUUUGGUGGCAGGACAUGCAGGAAUUGGGAGGACAGGAACUGUCCUGGGGCAUCGAGGUGGGAUGGAGGCAUGUGGAAGGGCAAGGACUGCCUUUCCCCUCCUGGAGGCUUCCCUGGGAGUCUGCCUCCUCUGGUUACUGGUGCUAAUCUUGCCCAGCUUCCUAAGCAGCUGGCCGCACCCCGAAGCUGAAAGGAGGGCCUAGCUUCUUGGAAGUGGCGGCUGUUGAUAGAAGUUUGGGUUUGCUGAGGGAUGGGGAAAACAUCAGGAGACAGGUGAGUCCCGGCCUGGCUCCCUCCAGGAAUGCCUCCAAGCCUAUCCAAACCUGGUAGUGGCCGGAUAUUUCUGUGGCUCCCUGUCUCCAUUGGGGAAUGGUGACAACGAAAGCAGAACCCCCCUACACACACACACACACACACACACACACACACACACACACACACGAUCCUCUUUUUGCUCUCCUUGCUAACAAGGGCAGGAAGUACAGCUUCAAUCUAGCUCAUUGGCCUUACCCCAACCCCAAUCUAGAAACAGUCCCCAGAGCCCCCAUGCCACCCCUCCUGGGUUGGUCCUUCAUCCAGUCCUAAGUGCCUGUGAGGGCUUCCAGGGGGUGCCCAGGGAGGACACCUUUCCCUCACUCAGAUAUCUAGCCCCUGGCAGCUCCUAACCCUGGCAGAGGCUACACAUUCUGUGUAUCACCAGGAGUCUGGGAGGUGAACAGAGUCAGUCUCUAGAGAUAAAACUUCUUGUUAUGGCCCCCAGAGAGGAAAUCCCUGGUCCGUAUCCCCUUUCGUGCUACAUUAGAGGGAGCAGAAAUUCAAUAAAAAGCAGAAAACAGUGAGCACGCUCCCAGGCUAGCCAGACAUGCAGGUGCACCCCCCCCCACACACACACACAUUGACCCCAAACAGGACUGCUUAAGGCCACCAAGCAAUAAAUGGGCUGGCUGUCCUGCUCCUGGGGUCAGGUGUUGGUGGUGAAGCUGGGGACCCUUGCUCUGUCUGGCCCACCAGUCCCUGUGCUGGCCCUGCCAUCAGUUUCCUCCAGUGUGUGUUUCUCACUGCUCUAUGCUGCCACCUUCCCUAUCAGAACCUGCUCUGUUGGGGUCUUGCUCCCCUCCCUUGGAGGACUGUGGGAAGGAGGGGAAAGGACUCUUGCUGGAGAAGCCCACACAGACUUUCAUCUUCCACAACCACACUUUUGGGGUAAGCAGGGUGAUUUUGUUAUGUUGAUUCUUCUGCAGAGAUGAUGAAGUUCUUUAUCCACCCCCUCCCCACCCACUAAAAGCCAUAGCUCUGCCCACCUGGCCUCCCUCAAAGCUCUAUAGCAAUAGCCUUCUUUCCCUCUUCCCUCCUAGGUACCCAGGGUCUCCAACUGGGGGAGGCCCCACCACACUCCAGCCCCAGGGAUCCUGCGGUGUCUGCCCUGCCUCUCCCCAAGGGACCCCAUUAGUGACUCCAUCAGUGUCAUCCAAAUCCUAUCCCUCUUCCAGUAACCAGAGAUAAUGAGACUUGUUUGUGGGGUGCUUGGAAUUGCCCCACAUGAAAGGUUCUGAGUGCUGGGGUGGCUGGGAAAGAAAGUGAGGGAACCGUUCCCCAGCAUGGGGUGUGAUGGGGAGACCAAGGCAGAUACAAGGUUCCAAUUUUAGUUGAAAUUCCCUUCCUCCCACCUCCUGGAAGUAAUGGAUUAGACUCAUACCUGCCUGCAGGCAGAACCUCAGCCUCAAGGCCUGGAAGAAGUCUUGCCCUCAGCUUCUGCCCCAAGCAUUCCAAAGCCAGGUGUGGAGGAGCCCCCGGCCCAAGACAGCCUCCCAGCCCUGUCCCUGGAAGGUCCAGGUGACUGAGAAGGGAAAGUGUUUCUUCUCUACUUUUCUCUGCUGUACACAUUCCCACUGUGGAAGGGAGAGUGUUGACAGGGUAUGCAGAGUCCUUCAAUGGGGUUCCUGCCACACCCCAAAUGCGGACAGAACCAGGAGGGAGAGCUGUGGAUGGGGUCCCCUGCACAUUCUGGAAGCCAGCUAGGGACCAGUGGGCAAUGCGCUGGGAAGCUCCAGCCCCUGUGCCUGUAUCCCUUCCACUGUGACCUGCACUUUGGGGGACCAGUCCAUGGCCAAAAUGAGGUAGCCAUUCCUGCACACAAGCAGCAAGAUAGAGUCCUCCUUGGUGGUGAGGAAGGAGGCCAGAGGAUGAGGAGCAACAGCUUCUCACUUUAGGAGCCCAGGGACCCCUGAGCACCCUCUCACUGAUGUGCCGGCCUCGGAUGGGGUAGCAUGCAGGGCAGAGGGAUCCUGCUCCAAAUUCUCUGUUGGCUGCGCUUUUUAAUCCAAUGCUUUUCAGAGUGGAUUCACUCACCCACACAAAUAGAGCCCUGUGCUUUAGGGGUGACUGUCAUAUGCCUUAUUCUUAAUAAAAUAUUUGAGAAACA